UCUCUCUUCCCCUCCUUAUCUCCCUCUCUGUUACUUUUUUUGACGGAACCCUAAUCAAAUCAAAAUUGAAAAAAAAUGGCGAGUUCAAUCGAGAGCAUCGCAGAACCUGCCGACCUCUUGAUUCUAGUCAUGUACGUCGCUUAUCAUCUCUAAAGGUAAUCGAAGAUCCCAGGAUCUCACCCUAGGGGGUUAGGGUUGGGGUUUCUAACACUGUCGAAAGAUUUUGAUCUGUAUGUGGAUUUGGGAUUGAAUAUGGGCCUCGGUUGCUUGGGUUUUCGGGGGGUUCCAUAGUUCUCGUUGGAUUUCUCAAAACUUUCUCCAUUGUCUAGGGUUUGAUUUUUUAUUAAUUUUUUGUUUUGGCCUGUAAAUCAUUAUGUAAGGAUAAGGAUAGAAGAAAAAAGAUCUCUUUUUUAUUAUUUGGUAGUAGAUUGGUUGGGGGUUUUUUUUAUAUUUUAUUUGUAUGCAGAUCGAGGGUGUGGGUUUGUGGAUUUUGGUCUUUUUAUUCGUAUAAACAAAAAAAAAGUUUUAUUUUUUAGUUAGAUAUUCAUGUAAGUUAUAGGUUUUUAUUAUUUGUGUGGGAUUUAUGGAGGUUUUUUUAGUUUCCCUUGGUCUUGGUGGAGAUCUAAACCCACCACCAGAUGGAUAGGCUCCUGAUUCUUUGGAGGAACAAAAAAAAAAGACCAGAAACUGAGAAAAAAGAGUGAAAAGUGAGAGUUUUUAGAAUGGGGGAACCUUUGUUAACUUCUCUAUCCAUGGAGAAUUCACACCAUCCAUCAACUCUCCUGUCCAUGGAUCCUUCAGGUGCUUCGCCCGAUGACUGUGAUCGUGAUCCCAUUAUCCAGCGCCAGCAAAUUGUGCUGUCACGACCUCCGCCUGACAUUAACCGAUCUCCUCCGCCUCAGUCGUGGAGCUCUGACCCUUGUUGUGCUAUUCUAGACGUCGGUCUUGGUGGCCCGCAGAUAUAUGAAGCUGAGGUCACUGCCCUCAACCUCCCCAAGUGCAGUGGUGGUGCUCGAAAAUGUGCAAAGAGAGGAGAUAGCAUCUGGGGUGCUUGGUUCUUCUUUAAUUUCUACUUCAAACCAAUGCUAUCAGAGAAAUCUAAGUCGAAGAUUGUACGGGAUGGCAAUGGAAUUUCUGGAUUUGAUAAAUCAGACCUUAGGCUUGAUGGGUUCUUAGUGCAACAUGACAUGGAGAAUAUGUACAUGUGGGUGUUUAAGGAGAGGCCGGAGAAUGCUCUUGGAAAGAUGCAGCUGAGGAGCUAUAUGAAUGGUCAUUCGAGACUUGGGGAGCCCCAGUUUCCGUUUAGUGUUGAUAAAGGUUUUGUGAGGUCGCAUAGGAUGCAGAGAAAGCAGUAUCGGGGGCUGUCAAACCCGCAGUGUAUUCAUGGGAUUGAGAUUGUGAGGCUGCCUAAUUUGACGGUGGUGGCUGAGGUAGACCGCAAAAAGUGGACAGAACUUACAGGGAGGGACGUUAACUUCACAAUUCCGCUUGAGGCCAGUGAUUUUGGAUCGUGGAGAAACCUACCAAAUACUGAUUUCGAGCUAGAGAGGCCUCCAACUCUUCCUCCACUGAAGAACGGAAUUUCACAUCACAAUUCCAAGAGAUUGCUUAAUGGUUCCGGGUUGAAUUUGUCGACACAGCCUUCAAAUCAUAGCAAUGGUAGUGAUGCGAUGGACCUUUCCCCUAAAUGUAACAACAAAAGAAAGAAAGACUUCUUUCCCCGUGGGAUGGACGACUGUUGUUUGCCUGUCAAUUCUUUCUCUGAUAGAAUCCAAGACAUGGAAAUACACCCGAUUGAGCCUCCAUGGUUAAAUGAUUUCAGUGGUGUGAUGAGGAAUUCCUAUGGACCCGUGACUGCUGCCAAGACGAUAUAUGAAGAUGAACAAGGGUACUUGAUUAUGGUUAGCCUUCCGUUCUCAGAUCAACAAAGGGUUAAGGUGUCAUGGAGGAACAGCCUCACUUAUGGUAUAGUAAAGGUCUCUUGUGUUAGUACUGCUCGGAUGCCUUAUAUAAAGAGACAUGAUAGAACAUUUAAGCUGACGGAUCCUUCACCUGAGCAUUGCCCUCCUGGGGAAUUCAUUAGAGAAAUUUCUUUAGCUACUCGGAUUCCAGAAGAUGCGAAGCUUGAAGCAUACUAUGAUGAGAGUGGUACUGUGUUGGAGAUUAUGGUGCCUAAACAUCGUGUUGGACCUGAAGAACAUGAAGUUCAUGUGUGCCUUCGCCCUCCUCACCUUGUAGCCAAUGAGCUUCUGUUGACUUGAAAAGGUGCAGGUUUAGACGCACGGGUAGUUUGGUCAAUUUUUCAUUGGUUACCAAGUGUAUAUCAUAAAACGGAAAUCUAUGAAAUGAAGGGCACAUUUUUUUUGUUCA